CAGGGUUGUGUACUUUGGAGUCUGUGACAUUGAAGACCGCAGUGGAUCUACACAGCAUGGCAUCGCGACGCCUUCAGGGAUUCCAAUCCGUCCUUCGGGGCAAGUCCCAUCUCUUGCGUCCCCAGCAACGUCGCUGGGCCCAAGUUCACGAUGUCCGUUUCCUGGCCUCCCAUCAUGACCCCAAGCACGUUCUGGAGAAGUACAGGAAUAAGUUGGACGAGAAGGCCAAGCAGGAGGGUCUCGACUCUAUCGACGCCUUGAAAGAGGCCUACAGCGACAAAAUAAAGGACUUUCGCCGCAAAGCAGCUACUGCGGCCACCCCAGAGCCAGAUGCGCCCACACCAAAAGCCAAGUCGCCAUCCCUACAAGAUACCCCUUCAGCCUUCCACCCUCCUCCCCCUCCCCCCCAGACCCCAUCGGCCACCGAGAAAGCCGCCCGAGAAGUCUCCGGCAGCGGAAGCCCCAUCAAACCGCUCAGCACCUACAUCGAUGUCGAGAAGAUCCGCGCCCUGCCCGCCAAGGAGAUUGAAGCCCUCUGGCGCCUCCGAUUUGCCAACAGCUCGACCUCGAUCUGUGCCGCGAUUCCUCUAGAAACGUACCUGCGCAUCGCCGAGGCCGCCCGCCACAACCCCCAAUUCAUCCUCCCUCUCCCUCGCCAGACGGCCGAGGAAGACAUGCAAACACCGGACGGAAUCCCGGCGCAGACCGCUGCGGAAAUUCAUUUCCUCCAGUGGGCAUUCCACCCGCCCGCGGGCGAUUUCGUCCCGGCCUCGAAGGAGUCGGUCAACAACCACACCUCGACCGUGAUUUUCACCAAUCUCGGCGCAUUCAAGAUGCACGGCUCUUUCGCGCAACCGCAUACGACCGUCACGCAUCAUUUGGAUUUGGCCGAUGACAAGGGUCUCGUGCUCAUGCACGGCCAGGUGAUGCCGGACCGGGGCGUUUCUACCACCGAGGCCACCUGGUUGGUUAGUUCCGUGCAGCGGUUCUACGAUUUUGGGGGCCAGGCGAGUGGUCGCAAGGGCGAGUUGGUGCGAAUGUUCACCCGAGGUGACGUGGAGAAUUUCAAAGUGGAGGAGUUGAUGGAGGAGACGGAGAGAGUUCACUAAAGUCUGCUAGAAGGAGGGCUUAGACUGAUUGUAGUAUAUAGAGCAUGCUCGUUGCUGAUGACCUGUACCAUAUAAACCGUUCGUUUUGCAUUUUGGACCUCGUUUAUUCUCCUCUAGUCGGACUGGAUUGAACUCUUCAAGAUAAAAAUGUGGUGCUGGCCAGGACGAUGGCCGAGCUAAAGCAGCUUGUCAACAGCGAGCCGACACAAACUUUGCCAAUCGGAGCUCCUUCCACUACAGCUCGGAUAUCUUUAAAAGCAUUGGCGCCAUCGAAAUAUCCCUCAUUUCCCUUGGAUACUAUCAGCGUCGCGCAUCUGUCAUGGUCGAGACACCACAUGACCUAGAUCAGACCUUCGAAAUCCAAUUUGGACACGCGACGCGCUUCCUGUCGCGUUUUGGAUAGAUGGGGUGAUUGAUCGAUGGGGAAGAGCAGACUGGGACAGCGGCCACUCCACACAAGUAUCCCGUCGUUACUGGUGAACCGACUUGGAUCAGGCUAAAUCUGUAUGGGGCUGCUUGCACAUUGCGGACUUCUGUUGCCCAAUGAGAAGCCGUAAACCAAGUGCCUUGAUAGACGGAGAACCUACGAGUUGGAAAUCUGGUUAUCUAAGUUAGUGACCGAUUGCUAUUACCUAACCACCAAGAAAACGAUUCUCCGUCUUUGCAUAGACCGUCCGCAAGCCUUAUCGCUCGAGUAAGAUCUCGCAGGGCGAGUUCUAAUCCAUACAAUCCUUGGCAGGCGACAAUUCCUCCGAGGUUGUUCCCGAUCGCGCUCAUGCUGGAUUCGAUCACCCUCCUUCACCACCUCCGAAUACAACGCACUAUCGACAAUGAUACGAUAGAAACUUCUUGGAUCAUUGACUCUUAAAUCUGUUAGGAAGACGAAGAACCAUCUUUCUCAUCUCUUCCAGCCCCCCCUUGGACCGUGGAUGCUGAAAUUUGAAGGCCAAGGGACGGGGGCGCACAUGUUCCAUGGGCACCCUCCCGCCAUCGGAACUCUACAAGUUACACUUUGCACGCUGGGCGACGCGGAGUGAUUUAAAUAUAGCCCAAUUCGCCACCGAAUGCCUUCGGUCGGAAACUUUGUUUUUAAACUAUCACCGGGCCGUUGCUUCUCGCCUUCUCUGGACGCCAGCAGCCGGUCGGCUUGCCUUGCAUAGUUCCCGAAGCCGAUUUGAUUCAACAAGUGCCUAGAUCGUCCUGUCUGCAGGAGAUGCACGGAAUACAAUCGUCUCCGGUGAGCGAUUUGGCCCCCCGGCCUAGAAUAUCAAACAGUAUCCUUCUGGCUUCGGUUAUUUCAUCUACAUUAACAUCGUUCCUACCCUUACUGGUAGGCUCCUUACUCCACGCAGUGGUGGUAGGCAUGUUACAAAACCUGGUGAUUGGAUCGCGCCACCUCCAGCCCAGGGCAAGGGGCCUUUGGCUCGCCAGAUGAGGCUCGGUGGCGUGGCGUGACCGAGACAAGCAUAGCGCCUCCGUUGCGGCUGUGGAUGUUUCCGGGGGAUUUCCUGAGAUAUCCUUUCGUCGAAUCUCUAUCUCUCCAGAAAGACACACGGCGUAUCCCCGGGGGCUUUCUAUGGGCACC